UUUAGUGUCUUACAGUGUUUAUACUGUUUAUAUUAUUGUAUACAGAGUAAAAUAAAAAGUGUUUUAGAGCUCAAAAACUAGCUUUAAACUAUAGUCAAAUAGGUAAAUCCUGAAAGAAACAGUAUUAAAACGUAACUCAUUAUAAAAAAGAGACUAAUAAGGUUUCCCUUACUACAAAAGAAACUACUGGAUGCAGCAUGCAACUGCAUACUUAAAGGUUAAAUUAAAAAAUAUAUUGACUUAACCAACUCGAGACUAAACUCCUUUUUUUGGAAAAAUAAUCUAUAGAGAAUUUUCAACAAUGUCUGACGAGGAUUAUAAUCAUAAGAUGGAAGAGUUAAAGAAGUAUAUGCCAUUUUUGGAAAAAAUGAUAAAUCAGCUCAAAACGGACCCAAAUAAAAAGUUUCAACUUACCAAAAUUGAAUCUUUGUAUGCCAUGAUUAGAGAUAAAAAGUUAAAGAUCGAUACCCUAAAUAAAUGUCAACACGUUAUCUCAAAAAUAUACAAAAAAAUGAAUCCCAAAUCUAUCGAAUCGGAUAAGGACACUACUAGGACGGUUUGCUGUAGCUCGUCAGAUAGUUCCAAAGUUCUUGCAUCAUCGGAAAGAAUGCUACAUCAUACCGUAGAUGGCUAUGCAAGCGCGAGGGAUAGUAUGAAGGACAAUUUAAAAUCAGAUGAGCAGAAAAAAAGGUUUUCUCUAGAAGACGUCACGAUUAUUUCAAACCCUCCUAUUAAUUUUGAGGAUCUAAAAUGUUUGGAAAUUGAUGUACAGAAAAAACUAAAUCGGACAUCUAGUGUUACAGAAUUGGGUGAUAAACAUAAAGUGACUAACAAGUUAAUGGUAACUAAUAAACCAACACAUGAUCAUCAAAAAGACUGCGUAAAAGCUGAUUACAAUUUAAAUUUAGCAAAUAGAGAUGUAAAAGAUCAUUCAAAUGAUUUGCAUUUAAGUAAAUCUAUUCCAUUAAUUCCUAAAGUAAGUUCCCACAGUACAGAAGAAAAUUCCAGUGACUUUGGUAGUAUUCUAUCGAAAACUGGUGAUAAACUCAAAGAAAUCGAUAAAGAGCAAGAGGAAUACAGAUAUGUGUAUAUACACGUUGAGAAAAAUAAAGAAGAAGCAAAAAAAAAUAAUGGAAGCGAUAAAAUAUGUCUAACAAAAAACGAAAAUUAUAAAAAAUAUGCUAACACUAAAAAUAAUGACAAUCAGAUUGCUAGGGAGAUGAAUAUGUUUCAAAAAAAUGAUCAACUUUUGGACAAUCCAAUGAAUACAAAUUUGUCGAAUACUGGAGAACAAGAAUCAUCAGUCAAAAAGAAAAUCGAAAAUUUUGCGUCUGCGUAUGAGAUAGAAAAUGAAAAGUGUAAAAAACAUGCUAAAAGUAAACAUGAUGAUACAGAUAUUACUGUCAACAAAAUGAAUUUAUCAACUACUAUUACCCCUAAUAGCGUUUUAAGAGGAAUCAACGUCACACAUAAUAAUCCUCAAGGUCUAAAUUUACUUGCAUCUUCAAAUGAAAAUUUUGUAUCUGCGUAUGAAAUUGAAUACAAUGCUUCUAGAGGUUCUCAUGAUCCACCUUCUACAACGUUUGUUCCAAAUAUCACCUUACUGACAAGUAAUAUGGAAGAGAAAUAUAACCAACCAUUCAGUAAUAAUCACAGGGAACCACCUCAAUAUUAUUCUACUCAAAAUACAGGCCUAUUUUCCCCAACUAAUCAUAUUCCCCCUGUUUUAUCGGUUUCUGUACCUCAUCAACAAGACCGAAAACAAAAUCAGAAUAAGAGUUCAUGUGGCCUUGUUAAUAAGGUGAUCCAUAAGCAAGAAACUAAUAGAGAUCCUAGAGUGAUUAAAAAUUCAAGAGAUAAACAUUCAAAAGAGAUUAAAGAUCCUAGACUUAAUAAAAAUAUAGUAAGUAACAGGAAGCCAAAUAGAGAAAAAGAAAAUAAUGUUACUAAACCAAACUUAGAUGUAGCAGGAAAAAGUAAUGAGGAUAUAAGACUAAUUAGAGGACGAUCAUCUAGUCUUGAAGACUCUAGAUCUGACCAAUAUGAGUCAAAAUUUGAUCUGAUCUAUUCAAGAAUAAAUAGACAUGAAUCAUGCGCAAGAUCAAAAUCACCAACUAAACCAGUUUCAUCUUCAUCAGAUAGUACAAAUGGGAACAAAGAACAACAUAAAAGUAGUGCAGGAUAUGGGUUACAAAGUUUUAGGAUCCCUAAAAAGAACAAACAAGAAACAGAAAAAGCUAAAGAACCACAUUCUAAACCCAGUAAAGAAACUGUUAACCAAGAUAAACUAGUAUAUCACCAUUCAAAUAAAAACGUUAAUCUUAAUAAGUGUCAAGGCGACAGCAAAGAUUCACUGGACUGUGUAAACAAAAAACCAUAUGUUUUAGUAUCGAAUCCACGAAUUCCACCCGCGAAUAACAUUCCAAAUAAAACAGACUUUAUCAAACAAAUAAAUAGAAGAGAAAUUAAGAACAGUUCCUUAUGUGUUGAUAACGGCCAAUUAAAAGUUUGUACAAAAAGUGCAAUACAUGGGUUACAAACUUAUGGAAUAUCCAAAAAGAAAAGGAAAAGAAGACGAAAAGCUAAACAACGAGAGACUGAAAAGAUUAAUGAAACAAUUAAUCAAUAUGGAAUAGAAAUUGACCACCAAAAUAGAAAUAUUAAUUGUAGUCAUGGUGAAGAAAGUACAGAUUCAUCAGGCUCUUUAAAUACAUUCAAAUCUAUUCCAGUAUCAACUAUGAAUGACAUCCCAAAUAAAACAAACCUUAAUAAAACAUUAAAUAGUAGACAAUUUGGAAACAGUGCCGUAGGUGUUGAUAAUGAUGCAUUAGAAGUUUGUAAAGAAAGUGCAAUAUAUGAGUUACAAAGGUUUUUAACUUCCAAAAAGAAAAAGGCACACAAUCGAAAAGCUCAAAAACAAGAGAUUGAAACGAAUAAAGAAAUUAAUAAGUCUGCAGUAGACCAGAACCAUCGAAAUAAAAAUGUUGAUCCUAGUCAUGACGUAAGGAAAAAUAAAGGGUCCUUUGACUAUUUAAAUAAAACAAAACCUGUUUUAGAACCAAUUGCAAAUGAUACUCCAAAUAAAAAACAUCUAAAUAAAACCUUAAAUAAAAGAGAUAUUAAGGACAGUUCAAUAUCGUUUUCAAGUUUUAGAAUACCUAAGAAGAACAAGGAAGACAAAGAAAUUGCUACAGAACAAGAUAUUAAAACGAGUAACGAAACUAUCAACCAAAAUGAGGUAGAAGAUUACAAUCAAAUUUUUCUAGACAUUAAUACAAACUUGAAUAAAAGAAUAAUUGAUCACAGUUAUGCAUUUGUUGAUAACAAAGCAUUAGAAGCCUGUUUAGAAGGUGCAGGGUAUGAGUUAGAAGAUAUUCCAGUACCCAAAAAUAAAACCAGCGAAAAAGGAAAAGUAAAAAAACAGGAGACUGAAACGAGUAAAGAAACUAUUAAUCAAGACAAAGUAGAACAAGACCAUUUAAAUAAAAAUGUUGAUCCUACUCAUGUUGAAGGAGAAGGUAAGGAUUCAUUAGGAUGUUUAAAUAAAACAAAAUAUAUUCCCGUAUCAAGUGCGAAUGAUACCUCAGAUAAAAUGGACCUGAAUAACAGUGAAAUUGAGAAUAAAAUUGUUUUUAUUAAUAGCAGUACACUCGAUGUAUCUAAACCAGGUGCAAAAGAAAUAUUGCACAGUGUUCAAAUAUCUAAAAAGACUAAAAUGAGUAAAGAAACUAUUAAUCAAGACAAAGUAAAACAAGAUCAACUAAAUAAAAGUGUUGACAGUACUGAUGGUGAAGAUGCAACUAAGGAAUCAUCAGGCUUUUUAAAUAAAACAAAAUCUAUUUCAGUUUCUACUGCGAAUGACAUCUCAAAUAAAAUGGACCUGAAUAAAAGGGAAAUUGAGAAUAAUACUGUUUGUAUCGAUAGCAGUACAUUCGGUGUAUCUAAACAAGGUGCAAGAGAAGUGUUAAACAGCCGUCAAAUAUCUAAAAAGGUAACAGAGGAAAGAGACAAAAAAGUACAGGAUACUGAAAUGAGUAUAAAAACUAAUAAUCACGACAAAGUAGAACAAGACCAUUCAAAUAAAAAUGUUGAUCUUACUCAUGGUGAAGGAACAACUAAGGAAUCAUCAGGCUGUUUAAAUAAAACAAAAUCCAUUUCAAUUUUAACUGCGAAUGUUAUCUCAAAUAGAAUGGAGUUGAAUAAAAGGGAAAUUGAGAAUAAUACUGUUUGUAUCGAUAGCAGUACAUUCGGUGUAUCUAAACAAGUUGCAAGAGAAGUGUUACACAGUGGUCAAAUAUCUAAGAAGGUAAAAGAGGAAGCAAACAAAGAAGUACAGGAUACUGAAAUGAGUAUAAAAACUAAUAAUCACGACAAAGUAGAACAAGAAUAUUCAAAUAAAAAUGUUGAUCUUGCUCAUUGUGAAGGAACAACUAAGGAAUCAUCAGGCUGUUUAAACAAAACAAAAUCCAUUUCAGUUUCUACUGCGAAUGUUAUCUCAAAUAAAAAGGACCUGAAUAAAGGGGGAAUUGAGAAUAAUACUGUUUGUAUCGAUAGCAGUACAUUCGGUGUAUCUAAACAAGGUGCAAGAGAAGUGUUAGACAGCGGUCAAAUAUCUAAAAAGGUAAAAGAGGAAGGAGACAAAAAAGUACAGGAUACUGAAAAGAUUAUAAAAACUAAUAAUCAAGACAAAGUAGAACAAGACCAUUCAAAUAAAAAUGUUGAUCUUACUCAUGGUGAAGGAGCAACUAAGGAAUCAUCAGGCUGUAUAAAUAAAACAAAAUUUAUUUCAGUUUCUAAUGCGAAUGAUAUCUCAAAUAAAAUGAACCUGAAUAAAAGGGAAAUUGAGAAUAAUACUGUUUGUAUCGAUAGCAGUAUAUUCGGUGUAUCUAAACAAGGUGCAAGAGAAGUGUUACACAGCGCUGAAAUAUCUAAAAAGGCAAAAGAGGAAGGAGAUAAAAAAGUACAGGAUACUGAUAUGCGUAUAAAAACUAAUAAUCAAGACAAAGUAGAACAAGACCAUCUAAAUAAAAAUGUUGAUCUUACUUAUGGUAAAGGAACAACUAAGGAAUCAUCAGGCUGUUUAAAUACAACAAAAACUAUUCCAGUAUCAACUGCGAAUGAUACCUUAAAUAAAAUGGACCUGAAUAAAAAAGAAAUUGAGAAUAAUACUGUUUGUAUCGAUAGCAGUACAUUCGAUGUAUCUAAACAAGGUGCAAGGGAAGUGUUACACAGCAAUGAAAUAUCUAAAAAGGUAAAAGAGGAAGGAGAUAAAAAAGUACAGGAUACUGAUAUGAGUAUAAAAACUAAUAAUCAAGACAAAGUAGAACAAGACCAUUCAAAUAAAAAUGUUGAUCUUACUUAUGGUGAAGGAACAACUAAGGAAUCAUCAGCCUGUUUAUAUAAAACAAAAUCAAUUUCAGUUUCUACUGCGAAUGAUAUCUCAAAAAAACAGGACCUGAAUAAAAGGGAAAUUGAGAAUAAUACUGUUUGUAUCGAUAGCAGUACAUUCGGUGUAUCUAAACAAGGUGCAAGAGAAGUGUUACACAGCGCUGAAAUAUCGAAAAAGGUAAAAGAGGAAGGAGAUAAAAAAGUACAGGAUACUGAUAUGAGUAUAAAAACUAAUAAUCAAGACAAAGUAGAACAAGACCAUUCAAAUAAAAAUGUUGAUCUUACUUAUGGUAAAGGAACAACUAAGGAAUCAUCAGGCUGUUUAUAUAAAACAAAAUCAAUUUCAGUAUCAACUGUGAAUGAUACCUCAAAUAGAAUGGAGGUGAAUAAAAGGGAAAUUGAGAAUAAUACUGUUUGUAUCGAUAGCAGUACAUUCGGUGUAUCUAAACAAGGUGCAAUAGAAGUGUUACACAGCGGUCAAAUAUCUAAAAUGGUAAAAGAGGAAGGAGACAAAAAAGCACAGGAGACUGAAAUGAGUAUAAAAACUAAUAAUCAAGACAAAUUAGAACAAGACCAUCUAAAUAAAAAUGUUGAUCUUACUUAUGGUGAAGGAACAACUAAGGAAACCUCAGGCUGUUUCAAUACAACAAAAUCUAUUCCAGUAUCAACUGCGAAUGAUACCACAAAUAAAAUGGACCUGAAUAAAAGGGAAAUUGAGAAUAAUACUGUUUGUAUCGAUAGCAGUAUAUUCGGUGUAUCUAAACAAGGUGCAAGAGAAGUGUUACACAGCGCUGAAAUAUCUAAAAAGGCAAAAGAGGAAGGAGAUAAAAAAGUACAGGAUACUGAUAUGCGUAUAAAAACUAAUAAUCAAGACAAAGUAGAACAAGACCAUCUAAAUAAAAAUGUUGAUCUUACUUAUGGUAAAGGAACAACUAAGGAAUCAUCAGGCUGUUUAAAUACAACAAAAUCUAUUCCAGUAUCAACUGCGAAUGAUACCUUAAAUAAAAUGGACCUGAAUAAAAAGGAAAUUGAGAAUAAUACUGUUUGUGUCGAUAGCAGUACAUUCGAUGUAUCUAAACAAGGUGCAAGGGAAGUGUUACACAGCGCUGAAAUAUCUAAAAAGGUAAAAGAGGAAGGAGAUAAAAAAGUACAGGAUACUGAUAUGAGUAUAAAAACUAAUAAUCAAGACAAAGUAGAACAAGACCAUUCAAAUAAAAAUGUUGAUCUUACUUAUGGUGAAGGAACAACUAAGGAAUCAUCAGCCUGUUUAUAUAAAACAAAAUCAAUUUCAGUUUCUACUGCGAAUGAUAUCUCAAAUAAAAAGGACCUGAAUAAAAGGGAAAUUGAGAAUAAUACUGUUUGUAUCGAUAGCAGUACAUUCGGUGUAUCUAAACAAGGUGCAAGAGAAGUGUUACACAGCGCUGAAAUAUCUAAAAAGGUAAAAGAGGAAGGAGAUAAAAAAGUACAGGAUACUGAUAUGAGUAUAAAAACUAAUAAUCAAGACAAAGUAGAACAAGACCAUUCAAAUAAAAAUGUUGAUCUUACUUAUGGUGAAGGAACAACUAAGGAAUCAUCAGGCUGUUUAUAUAAAACAAAAUCAAUUUCAGUAUCAACUGUGAAUGAUACCUCAAAUAGAAUGGAGGUGAAUAAAAGGGAAAUUGAGAAUAAUACUGUUUGUAUCGAUAGCAGUACAUUCGGUGUAUCUAAACAAGGUGCAAUAGAAGUGUUACACAGCGGUCAAAUAUCUAAAAUGGUAAAAGAGGAAGGAGACAAAAAAGCACAGGAGACUGAAAUGAGUAUAAAAACUAAUAAUCAAGACAAAUUAGAACAAGACCAUCUAAAUAAAAAUGUUGAUCUUACUUAUGGUGAAGGAACAACUAAGGAAACCUCAGGCUGUUUCAAUACAACAAAAUCUAUUCCAGUAUCAACUGCGAAUGAUACCACAAAUAAAAUGGACCUGAAUAAAAGGGAAAUUGAGAAUAAUACUGUUUGUGUCGAUAGCAGUACAUUCGAUGUAUCUAAACAAGGUGCAAGAGAAGUGUUACACAGUGUUCAAAUAUCUAAAAAGGUAAAAGAGGAAGGAGACAAAAAAGUACAGGAUACUGAAAUGAGUAUAAAAACUAUCAAUCAAGACAAAGUAGAACAAGACCAUCUAAAUAAAAAUGUUGAUCUUACUCAUGGUGAAGGAGUAACUAAGGAAUCAUCAGGCUAUUUAAAUAAAACAAAAUCUAUUUCAGUUUCUACUGCGAAUGAUAUCUCAAAUAAAAUGGAAAUUGAGAAUAAUACUCUUUGUGUUGAUAGUAGUACAUUCGGUGUAUCUAAACAAGGUGUAACAGAAGUGUUACACAGUGGUCAAAUAUCUAAAAAGAUAAAGGAGGAAAGAGACAAAAAAGUACAAGAUACUGAAAGGAGUAAGGAAACUAUUAAUCAAAACAAAGUAGAACAAGGCCAUCUAAAUAAAAAUAUUGAUCUUAUUCUUGGUGAAGGAGCAACUAAGGAAUCAUCAGGCUGUUUAAAUAAAAUAAAAUCUAUUUCAGUUUCUACUGCGAUUGAUAUCUCAAAUAAAAUAGACCUGAAUAAAAGGGAAAUUGAGAAUAAUACUAUUUGUGUCGAUAGCAGUACAUUCGAUGUAUCUAAACAAGUUGCAAGAGAAGUGUUACACAGUGGUCAAAUAUCUAAGAAGGUAAAAGAGGAAGGAGACAAAAAAGUACAGGAUACUGAAAUGAGUAAAGAAACUAUUAAUCAAGACAAAGUAGAACGAAACCAUCUAAAUAAAAAUGUUGAUCGUAUUGAUAGUGAAGGUGCAAGUAAGGAUUCAUUAGUCUGUUUAAAUAAAACAAAAUCUAUUCAAAUAUUAACUUUGAUUGAUAUCCCAAAUAAAAUCGAAAUAGAGAAAAGUACGGUUUGUGUGAAUAACACUACAUUCGAUGCAUGUAAAGAAGGUGCACCAGAUGUGUUACAGAGUUUUGAAAUAUCUAAGAAGAAAAAGUGGGAAAGGGAAAACAAACUGCAGUUGACUGAAAUGAAUAAAGAAACUAUUAAUCAAAACGAAGUAGAUCAAGACCAUCUAGAUAAAAAUGUUGAUCGGACUUAUGGUUAUGGAGAAAGUAACGAUUUAUUAAUCUGUUUAGAUAAAACAAAAUCUAUUCCAGUAUCAACUUCGAAUGAUAGCUCUAAUAAAAUGGACCUGAAUAAAAGAGAAAUUAAGAAUAAUACUGUUUGUGUCGAUAGCAGUAUAUUCGAUGUUUCUAAACAAGAUACAAGAGAUGUGUUACACAAUGUUCAAAUGUGUAAAAAUAUAAAGGAGGAAAGAUACAAAAAAGCACAAGAUACCGAAAUGAGUAAAGAAACUAUUAAUCAAGACAAAGUAGAACAAGACCAUCUACAGAAAAAUUGCGAUAUUAGUCAAGAUGAAGGAAAAUAUCAAGUUCCAUUCUACUGUUUAAAUAAAACAAAUCAGGUGUCAACUGCGAAUGAUAUUUCAAAUAAGACAGACGUUAAUACAAAUAUAAAUGUAGUAGAAAUUGAGGUCAGUACUCUACGUGCUGAUAACGGCCCAUUAGAGGUAUCUAAAGAAGGUGCAAGAGAUAGCCUACGAAGUUUUGAAAUAUCCAAAAAGCAAAAUGGUCAAAGAGAACAAAAAGAACAAGAGACUGAAAUGCAUAAAGGAACUAUUGAUAAAAACGAAUUGGAACAAAAUCAUCCAAACAAAAAUGUAGAUAUUAGUCAUUAUGAAGAAAAGCGUCAAGGUUCGUUGGACUGUAUAAAUAAAACAAAAUAUGUACCAGUAUCAACUGCUAACAACGUCUUAAAUGAAGCAGAUCUGAGCAACAACUUGAAGGAACGAGUGGAUAUAUCCAUAUAUAUUGAAAAUGACACUCCGAUGGAUGUUACUUCUCAAUGUGUUGAGGAGAAAGAACCUCAGACUUCUAUCAUAAUUGAAAAUCAAAUUAGAAAUCAUUUAGAUGUUGAUUCAAAAACUAAAAAUAAUGAAAAUUCGCAAUUUUAUCAGCCUUCGACUUCGAAAAACACCGAGAAAUCUGUUAAAACUCCCAUUGAACAAUCAAUACUGGCAAAACAUUUUGCUAACCUCUUAGGAAGUCAAGAUAAACAAGAAAAGAAGACUGCUAUAUAUUCUCUUAUUAGUACGUUCUCUGAUAGUUUUAGUCCAAAAGAAUUACAUAAAAUAAAUAAAAUUAUUAAUUCUAAAGACGAGUAUGAAGACAGUUCUGAUGAAGAACUUUCUAUAAAGACAAAUAUAUCUAAUACUAACAAGAAUAUUUCUCACGAAGAAGUGAACGUCAAUGGUAUCAAAGAUCAGGAUAAUGCACAUGAAAAAGUAAUUACAAAACAUCAACUAAAAGAAAGCAUCACGUCUUAUCCAGUUAAACAACAUACUAACGAAGUUGAAGGUAACUUAUUAAGUAAAAAAACUGCAGGAGGUGAAGACAUUUUAGAAGAUACAAGGAAUUAUAUGGAUCAAGAAAAUGAGAUGUUAGUAGUUACGGUAGAAGAAAACAUAAAAUCAAAGAGAGAACCCAUUUUAGGAGAUAAGCCUAGGAAAAAGAGAGGAUCAGAAUUGGACAGACUUCAUGAAGAUAUUCGAGAAAUGUUUAUUAGAGAUGAUGUCUUAACGGCAUCUGGUAAGCGAAUGUGUCAUAUGUUGAAAGACAGUUCUAUUGCGACAAACACUGAAAAUAUUGAAAAUAAUACAGAAAAAAUAGUUUGCGAUGCUAUUAAGAAAGUGCGACCCAAAUGUAAAAAUAAAAAACAGAAAACUAUGAAAGAUUUGACUGUUAUAGAAUGCAAUGAAGCCUGUACAAGUGCUGAGCUCACAAAGUCAUUUGAAUAUUCAAACAGUUAUUCUAAUAAAGAAGUGGAGUUGGUUUCUGACGACAGUCAAAAUAAUGAAUUAUUAAAACGAAAACACGCAAGCAGUUCGCUUGUAGGCAUAAUUGUAAAAAAGAAAAAAAAACUAAACUUUGACGAAUUAACUCAGCCAAAAUUAACAGAUAUAGCAGACUUGUCCGCCGUUUCUUCUGAAAAUAAAGUAGACAGUUCGUAUCACACUAUAAUUUCGGAUAAUAAAAAUGACAAUAAACAUCAAGAUUGUCAAAACCAGAGUUCAGAAGGAGGUGUAAUCAGCAAUGCGGUGAAACGUAUUGAUAUUUAUAAUACAGUCAUUACAAGUGACAGAAAUGAUCAAACUUAUGAAGCAACGCCACCAUCGGUUAUAAAUAAACCAAUACAGCUUACUAAAGCAUUUAACUUAGCAUUGAUGAAUUUAGAAACAGAAACUAGAAACGGUCAGGAAACCACUCUUAAGCGUGUGAAAGACGAAGAAAGUCCGUGCGGAGAUCCACAACAUUCUGGUUUAUUUCAUACGGAUUCCUAUAAUAAAUUAGAGCAAGGUGAACGGACUCAUACCCGAAUUGCAGCAGACAAAGGUUCGAUGAUCACCCAAUCAAAGUUGGAUGCAACAUUUUUAUGUAAACCAUACCGGUGUGUACCAGGCUGCCACUUGGAAUUUUUAUUUGAAAAUGAAUUUUCCGAUCAUAUUAUUAUAGCACAUAAGAAGAAACAUUUUCUGAUUUGUGGCCAUGAUUCUUGUUCUCGUCAAGUAAAACCAGCAGACAUCUCAAGGCACUGGUCAGUGUGGCAUAAUGUGUCUGUGUAUCAAUGCAGUUAUUGUCAAAGUAACACGAAUGAACUCGAUACGAUGAACUAUCAUUUAUCGAUUGCACAUCCAAAUGUUAAUCCAGAAAUACUCGUUAGAAUUCUGAGUCCCAAAAUGUCACAUUACGUGUUUUAUACACCUGAAGCAUUUUCUAAAUUAAGAAAAAUCGUUGAUGUACCCAAUAUACCAUCAGAGAAUACAGACACAAGAGCAAAAUCUCUAAAUGAACCAAAUUUGGUAGUGUCUUCACCUCAAAAUAGUUCAACGAUGGAAUCAAAUAAUAAUUCGGUCAGUGCUAAUACAUCAACGUUAUUAUCAACACCUACUACAUUAAAAAUUAUAUCCAAUUCUUCAACGCCAUUAACAAAUUCUUCGAAUAUUAGCUCGUUGAUAGAAUUGUCAUUGCCAAUAAGCCCAGUUGAUAAACCAUUACAUAGGACAGAACUAGAAGAAACCUCAUCAUCAUCAAAUCAGAAAUCUUCUCCAUGUGGUCUACUCGAUUACCAAUUAUUUAAAUGUGCAACUUGUAUGUUAGCAUUUUCUACCCUAAAAGCGUUUAAGAAACAUGUUACUAAAUCUGAAGAAUGUAAAAAUAAGGAUAAUAUAAACAAGCCAUUUGUAUGCGUGCAUUGCAAUAAGUCAUAUAAAAACUGUAAUACACUUUGUGUACAUAUACAGUAUCAUGGUGUUUCAAGAUAUUCGUGUUCUGUUUGUGGAAAUAAGUUUCAUACUUUUAGACAAGGACGAGGUCAUAUGAAACGUCGACAUAAUGUAAGUGACACUACACAAAUUGUGGUAAAUUCUGCUUCAGCUUCAAAUGGCGAAAAAUAUAUCAUUGAACGAAAGCAAUUAAAAGCAGAUCAACAUGUUUACAAACCUGAAGAUAUUGGUAAAAUUCCUUUGCAGUCGAUAUUCAGCACAAAUUUGAGGUGUGGAACAUGUCCAUACACUACAAAAGUUAGAAUGAAUAUGACAAGACAUCUGCAGUUUCAUUUACAAAAAAUACCGGUACCAAGUAAGUCUCCAAUUAAUCCAGUACAAUACAUGGUAAAUAAUGGUGCUUCCAUUUCUCCAGCUCCACCUCAGAUAUCAGAUAUUUGUGAGGCAAGCAUUGUGUCCGAUAAGAACGAUACUAGUAACUUUCCGGAUUUCGUUCCAUCAUGUUUACGGUACACUUGUUGUGCUAAGGGUUGUAAAUACAUUUGUCCGGAAGAGGAAAACCUGCGCCAUCAUUUUACAGUACUUCAUAGUCAAGAACUUAAUUUCAGCUGCGUACAUUGCAAAGUAAAUUUAAACUCUGAUGCAAAUGAUAUAAUUAAUCAUCUUAACCUGCAUGGCUCAUACUUAUAUAAAUGCCAAUAUUGUGAUUAUGUCCACAAUAUUGAACAUAAAAUUGAAAGACAUAUCAAGGAUAAACAUAAGGAUUUUUCACUUAAAGUUAUUACAUUAAGGUGUAUAGAGCUAGAACCGAAAGAUAUUGAAGAUACUUCGAACAAAGUGCCAGUAUCGGUUGCUGUUACAAGGGUGUUGAACACUACUCCAUUCUGCGAAGACUCUGAAAGUGCUAGACCUAUGAGGCCUAGUAUGCCGUUUGAUAAAUCAACGCCUAUUCGUAGGAAGAGCUUGACGCGGGAAACAGAAAUUUUUACACCUACGCAUUCAAAAAAUAUUACUUCUCAAAAAUUACCAGUUCCUAUGGAUAUGUUAUCAUCUGCAAAAUAUAUCGGUGUUGAUGAGAUGAUUGAUCGAAUAAAUCAAUUAAUAAAAACUGAUUUAAAUGAUUCUAAUAAUAUUGCUAAUGAUGAAGAUUCAGCUGUCACGCCAAAACAGAAGGAUGCCCGGGAUUUACCGUUUGAAGAAUCUUCAUCUGAUUUGAUUAAGAGAUUUCAGGAGUCACGGUUGCAGUUCUACAGUUCUACAAUUAAGCCUUCAAUAAUAAUUACUCCUCGAAUCAUGGAUUUAACAGUUUCCAUCAACCCAUUACUUUCUACAAAAUGUAACGAUAAGGAGGAUAUGAUUGAUCGAAUAAAUCAGUUAAUAAAAUUGGAUUUAAGUGAUAUUAUCAUUGUUUCUGAUGAUGAAGAUCAUGAAACAAAUAUUAAUAUUAAUCAAAAUAUUGAUGUAGCUGGAUAUAAAUUCGAGGAGGAAUUUGGGGAACAGAGUUUGAUAAAAACAUUCGGCAGCUUCGGUCUUCCUUUCGUAAAGCAAUUGAAGUGUCCUAAAUGUAACAAUUUUAAAUCGAGGCGGAUGUCUGAUUUUAUUUUCCAUAUUUUCCGAGAAAAUGAAACGAACAGAUAUGGCUGUAAAAUUUGCUCUGCUGUAAGUGUUACAUACAAAUGUAUGUAUAGUCACGUACAUAUGCAGCAUAAACCAUUCGACGUUAAUAAUAUAAUUUGUUUACCUAAAAAUCCACGAUUAGAAGCAUGGUUACAAAUGUUAAUCAAAACGCAGUGUACUGUAAUUAUUGGUAUUUCAUCCAAGCCUCAAGAAAUUACUCCGGACAGUACUCUUAAUAAAGUGUUAUGUCGAUUCUGCAAUAAAUGGUACAAGUCUGAAGACGAACAUCAACACGCAAUGUUCCAUUGGGCAUCUACACCAUUUAAAUGCAGUGAUUGUAGAUUUGAAGCGUAUACACGAAAUCAAGUGCUCCAGCACCAUAUUGCUGCAUCUCACGGAAAAGGAGAAAUUUCUAUAAUCCAUGCUGGUCCAACAGUUGCUAGUGAACUUGGGUAUUUUGAUUUUUUGCAUAUGAAAGAAGCUGAAGAGGAAAGAUCAAAAUUGACGACAUAGUUGUUAGUGCUCCAAAAAUUGGUUGUUUUUGUUAGUUUAUUAUAUUUGAUUAUUUUAUAGAUAGAUACAUGAAUAAACAUGUGCUAUUAAGUAUUACUAGUAUAAAUCGGAUUGUGAGAAGGCACAACAAAAUAUUGAUAAAGAUGACUUUUUUUUGUGAAAUAUGUUAAUAAUUUACACAAUUGAUUAACGAUUUGAUUAAUUUUAGUUUAUUAAAACUAUCUUAACAGAUAGAUUUAAAUAAAUGAAAUUACAAUAACAAUAUAGUUUUUUGCAAUGUAGCAAAUUUAAUAGAAUCACAUACAAAAAAUGUUAAACAUUAAUCUCAGUAUUUGAAUGUCUUACUCUCAGUUUUUUUUAUUGUUUUACUAAAUUGAAUUCCUUGAAUGUAUCUUCUUCCUAGCAUGUUAUAGUCAUGUUCAUAAAUAUAUACCAAAAUCUUGCGGAAUAAUCGUAACGUGCAGAUCGUCACUUUAAAGUUCAAUCCUUCUCUUUACAGUUUUGAUAUUCUCCACCAAAGUAUAAUUCUGCUACUCGAUGUCUCUAGUUCCGUUGGUUUUUUACGUUUAUUAUUGUAAUUCUACUUUUUUAUAAUUAUAUACUCACUUUAUUUCGGUUCCGGGAUGCAACAAUGUAACUCAACCAUAAACAGUUAUGGUCGAGGGUUUUCUGCCUAGACUAGGUCUCUGAUUUAUAAAAAUUGGAAAACAUGGCUGUACAACACUUGCACUCAAAUAAGGUAUUUUUAUAUGAAAUGAUAGUUUCUAUAUAAUACAUUUUUACUUACUGUGCCUUUAUUUUCUAUGGUAUUUAUAGUAGAGGUUCCUGAAACUUGAGCUUAUUUGCCUCUUAAGAAAUCUAGUGUCUCUAAAGUACCAUCAGGUUGACUCACACAUAUUUUCAGUCCCUAAUAAACACAUGUUUAUAAAACGCAGCAAUAUUUGCCCAAGAACACUUGUGCAAUUAAUUUCAAAGAGAUUUGUCACAAAUGGAAUUCAAAGAUAAUGUAUUACGGUAUAUAAAAUUUAUUACCCGUUAUUCCUGUUAAGGAAGGCUAGCUUGUAGGAACAUAUUAUUCAUGAUAGCAGUACCGAAGCUUUAUAUGUUGGCGAUUUGAGAAGUUCAAGACAUGCAGUGAAAACUACAAUUAAGGCUUUCAGCGAAAUUUUAUUUUUUUAUAUGCACUCAUCUUAGAUCAAUAUAUUUCAUCCAACAGUGUUCAAAUACCGUUAUCGCUUCUCUAUAUUGUUUCUAUAAAGUGCGUUUUAUUAGAAGUUGAGGUAGUAGUCUUCAAUAUAGUUUUGCCUGUUUAAUAUAGUCAAUCACCAAAAUUCAUUUAUCAUCCCUUUUCCGCUGACGGAAUCGUUUUCACGUUCUUUAAAACUGAAGGAUCAGCAUCUAUCCACUGUGUACAUUGCAGCUUGGUUUCGGGUAUGUAGCAGUGAGUCAAUGUUCCAUCUAUUGUAAUGCUUUGAUGCAACAUUUACUUUGGUUUGUUUUAAAAUACGCUGGCUUUAAAAUAGGCUGGCGUGUGUAAGAGUAAUACGUGAUCCUCUACAAUGGCACCAAUAUUGUGCAAGGCUUUUUCAUAUUCAAUACUUGGUGAACGAUGUGGCGUACACGUUUCUUUGAAAUAAUUCGAAGAUUAGCAAUUUCUUGCAUGUUUAAAUGCCGAGCUUUCAAAACCAUAUCAUACACUUUAUCGAUGGCAUUUUUAUAUUUUUUGGACGUCCUUUACGUGAGUGAUUUUAGUAAACACUUUCAUGCCCAUGCUUAAACUCAACGGCCCAUUUCUUUACGGUGAAAAUUGAAGGUGAAUAGGGGCUAUACACAUUUACAAGCUGUGGGCCAAUUUUGCUGGGUGUUAACCGUCUACGAAGGCUUUCAUAACGGCUACAUUUUGGAAUUACUUACAGUUUUACAUGGCGCCUACUAACACGUUAAGGAAAAAAAGUAUACAAGUAGUGUUGGUUUUUUGAAGCUAGACCGAGAGCUUAUGAGAUCGUCUAAAACUAAAAUUAAUCAAAGAUCGUUUUUGUGCAAUACACUGCCUAUUCCCGCUAAGUUUUCUUGGCAACUAUUACAAAACAGAGACACGAGGAACCGUUAUGCAAACUUAUUUCAAUCAUAGACAUUAACAGACUAUACCUGGAUAUGUGUGCAGAAAGUCUCCUUUCGCCUUUUACUGCUCUUUACUUGCCAUUUUGUCUUAUAGGGAUACUAUUUUAAAUAUUGAUUUAAAG